AGAGAAAAACUUACUUGUGACGUCAAGCUGCCAUAACAAGAAAAGGCAGGAUAACAAGACCUCACUAUACGUAGUGGAAUAAACAACUUUUCACGUUUCUGUUCUACGUCAGUUGUUUUUUGCAUUCAUCAGGAAUCGUUUUGGGUGAGACAAGCAUGAGCAGCUUCAGUCAACUCGUCCAACACGGUAGAUCUUCAUUCACCAGUGUAACACACUAUGUUGCCUCAAAGCAGGACUUGGAACGAGAUUCGGGAUUUUCAGAUGCCAGCUCUGAGUAUUUGGGCGCAGUAGAUGGGACUGACUGUGAGGAUGCUGGCAGGAGAAGAUCCACCGUCGGCCAGGACGCCUCUGGUGUGCAGCUGGCUGUGAUGGGAGGCUCAUACGCCGGACUUUCCCCGAUGCUCAUUAUGAAUAACUUUGUCCUCAAUCAGCCAUCACACGUGAACGCAAAUGAGAAACAGUGGGGCUUUCCUUCAUCCCUCGAUGUCAUGCCUCAAUCUCAGAUGGUUCUGCUUCAACCCAUGAUAUCUCCAAAGACAACCCCUGAAAAUACCCCUCAGUCAAAAAGUUACAUGUCCACCCUCAAGUCAUAUCCUAGGAUUGCCCCAAACUCUGCGGAUACACUGUCCAAGAGGCCAGGAUCCUCCAGGAUCAGGGGUAAUUCAUCUUCAGUGUACGACCAGCGACACAGGAGAUAUCAACACCGUAACGGGCAACGCGGCACUUCUGUCCCUGAGUGGACCCAACAGGAAGUAUCGGCCAAUUGCUCUACUUUGCCAGCCGAAAACUCUGAACCGCUUAAUGAGAAGUGUCUUUCUUCAAUGACGGUGACCACCUCGCCGUCCCCUCGAACUUACGAGUCUAGGACCGAGCUGGACAACAACCCUGACAUUUGCCCAGACGGCCUUUUGGCAGAAAGCGAUAAGUUGAAGCGUUUCAGCAAUACCUACAACAUUCUCAGCAACUGCGGCUUGCUAGGCAUCACCAUGCGCACCAAGCAGCUGAUCAAGGACAACAAACGUACCCAAAGUCAGAUUCAGCUUCUCCGGGAGCAUACGGCGCUCCUGCUGGAAGCCCUCGGAAGCGGUGACCCUCAGCUUUGGACUAAACUCCAGCUUUCUCUGCAGGACUACAACAAGUAGGGGUGCAUGGGGAAACCGCGUUUAGCAAGAGACCCGUUUUAAUUAGGACUGUGUUGGUUCUCAAUGUGAGGAGCCAGCAUAUCACUAGUCUCCUUCAAAUACUCAUCAAUACUAGCUUGUACUAUUACUACAGCUGCAUUAACAUGCAUGAAGUGCUUUUGUAUCCUUCUCAGGGAGGGAUAAAUGUCAAGUCUUAAAUUAAGGAGAUGUCUGAGAAGUUCCAUGACUAUGGCAACCGUCAAAAUUAGGGAUGUCCUUAUCCCGUGAUCAGAAAUCAGGCCGAUCUCGCUAUUUUUCAGAGGAUUGGAAUUGGGUGAAAAGGAUCAAGGUUUUAAUUUGAAAAAUAUAUUUAUAUGUUUUUCUGCUUCAUGCUAGUGCAGCGCCACAGCCUCUCACCCUCCCUCCUGCUUAGCAGUGCGGCCAAAUUGUCCAGCUUGCAUUUGCUACUUAAAGUUAACGGCGAUUGACAGGUUUGUAGCUUCGAUCUUGCUAGAGAAGCUUGGUAGCUCUACAAUUAAAGGCACAAAUGUGUCAAUCAUCGUUAAACUUCCCUAAGUGUGCUGUGGCACCUUAUUGUGUGAGAGGCUGUUCUCAGCAGCAAAGUGGAUUUGAGUGGAGUCACUCAAUGAAGCAUGUAAUAAAAACAAGCAUUUUUCUAUGUUAUUCCUGUUUUAAAAGAAUUCAUAUUGUGAAGGCAGCACGGUGGGACAGGAUCACGUUUGGAACUUGAGUUUAAAAAGAAAAAACUUUGGUGUCGGCUCGGGACUCAUUAUCAGCAAAUUCUCAAAUUCAGGUGAAGCGAAAAGAUUUCAGGUGAAGCGAAAAGAUGCGAUCAGGACAUCCCUAGUCAAAAUAUUUUUAACCCUUACUGCAUGUUUUCUGCACCAAUGUUAUCAACUUCAAUUACAGCGGUGCCUCUAGAUACGAAAGCCUCGGUACUAGGGGUGUGCCAAUAAAUGAAAACAAUGAUAUAACACAAAACUUUGUAGCCCAAAUGAUGUGAAAUGCCCCCAAAAUGAACUCAUUGGCUGCCACUGACUGCCAUAGAUGUCCAAUCCGUUUGAAGUGGGAGGGAUGGCAGCAAAUGUAAUGGUAACAGCAAACUAAUUUUAACCUAACCUAAUUUUCUUUUAAUCUUAAAUACUCCUAAAUCGGCAAAAUCUUGAUUUGAAUCUAUCUUCAAAUGAUGAAACAGUUUAAAAACUUUCACUUGCCGAAAGUAGACAGAAGGGAAAUUAUGGAAUAACGGGAGCAAUUUUACCAACUUUAACGGUUGAUUCAGAUUAAAUUAAUUGAAUGUAGUUUAAAGCUGUUGAUGCAGAAUGGGGACUUGAGUAUUUUAUUUACUGUAUUGAACUGUUAACUUGAUACUGAAAUAGUAGUUUAUUUAAGCCUGAGAGGAGUGUUGUACAUUUUUUGUAACUAAUGCACGGGGGGCCAUCAAUUUAUAAUCGUAUCGUAGCCUCUGACUCCUCAAAUCGUUAGGUGCCCCAAGAUUCCCACCUCUAGUGACAGCCUCCCAGUUAAAAUGGAUUGCACGUCAAGGGCAGCUAACUAUUUAAUACUCUAAAAUUUAAAAAAAACAACGAUCUUGACCCAAUUCUGAUCUUCAAAAUAUACGAAUAAUGAUCGGAAAUCAUGCGAUCGGAUCGAGGACAACCCUAAUUCGAAAUCAUGUUAAAAGAUGAUAAUCAUGUACAAAUGUGAUAGUUAUAAUUUAGAAAAGUGCUAACAUGUAAAAUUAUGACACUAUCAUGUAAACACGUGAUAACUAUAUCAUUUAAAAACGUGAUUAUAAUGUAAAAACACAUACAGUGGGGCAAAUAAGUAUUAAGUCAACCACCAAUUGUGCAAGUUCUCCUACUUGAAAAGAUUAGAGAGGCCUGUAAUUGUCAACAUGGGUAAACCCCAACCAUGAGAGACAGAAUGGGGAAAAAAAACAGAAAAUCACAUUGUUUGAUUUGUAAAGAAUUUAUUUUCAAAUUAGAGUGGAAAAUAAGUAUUUGGUCACCUACAAACAAGCAAAAUACCUGGCUGUCAAAGAGGUCUUUCUUCUAAUGAGGUCUAACGAGGCUCCACUCGUUACCUGUAUUAAUGGCACCUGUUUUCACUCAUUAUCGGUAUAAAAGACACCUGUCCACAACUCAGUCAGUCACACGCCAAACUCCACUAUGGCCAAGACCAAAGACCUGUUGCAAGACACCAGAGACAAAAUUGUAGACCUGCACCAGGCUGGGAAGACUGAAUCUGCAAUAGGUAAAACGCUUGGUGUAAAGAAAUCAACUGUGGGAGCAAUUAUUAGAAAAUGGAUGACAGACAAGACCACUGAUAAUCUCCCUCGAUCUGGGGCUCCAUGCAAGAUCUCACCCCGUGGCGUCAAAAUGAUAACAAGAACGGUGAGCAAAAAUCCCAGUACCACACGGGGGGACCUAGUGUAUGACCUACAGAGAGCUCGGACCACAGUAACAAAGGCUGCUAUCAGUAACACAGUGCGCCGCCAAGGACUCAAAUCCUGCACUGCCAGACGUGUCCCCCUGCUGAAGCCAGUAUACGUCCAGGCCCAUCUGUGGUUUGCUAGAGAGCAUUUGGAUGAUACAGAAGAGGACUGGCUGAAUAUGUUAUGGUCAGAUGAAACCAAAUAGAACUUUUUGGUAGAAACACAGGUUCUCGUGUUUGGAGGAGAAAGAAUACUGAAUUGCAUCCGAAGAACACCAUACCCACUGUGAAGCAUGGGGGUGGAAACAUCAUGCUUUGGGGCUGUUUUUCUGCAAACGGACCAGGACGACUGAUCUGUGUAAAGGAAAGAAUGAAUGGGGCAAUGUAUCUAGAGAUUUUGAGUGAAAAUCUCGUUCCAUCAGCAAGAUAAGACGUGACUGGGUCUUUCAGCAUGACAAUGAUCCCAGCCACACAGCCAGGGCAACAGAGGAGUGGCUUCGUAAGAAGCAUUUCAAGGUCUUGGAGUGGCCUAGCCAGUCUCCAGAUCUCAACCCCAUAGAAAAUCUGUGGAGGGAGUUGAAUGUCAGUGUUGCCCAACGACAGCCCCAAAACAUCACUGCUCUAAAGGAGAUCUGCAUGGAGGAAUGGGCCAAAAUACCAGCAACAGUGUGUGAAAAGUUUGUGAAGAAUUACAGAAAACGUUUGGCCUCCGUUAUUGCCAACAAAGGGUACAUAACAAAGUAUUGAGAUGAACUUUUGGUAAUGACCAAAUACUUAUUUUCCACCAUGAUUUGCAAAUACAUUCUUUAAAAAUCAAACAAUGUGAUUUUCUGGGUUUUUUUUCCCCACAUUCAGUCUCUCAUGGUUGAGGUUUACCCAUGUUGACAAUUACAGGCCCCUCUAAUAUUUUCAAGUGGGAGAACGUGCCGAUAAAGUGGUUGACUGAAUACUUAUUUUCCCUGUAGUUAUCAAGCACUGUAGUUAUCAUGUAAAAACGUGAUAACUAUCAUGUAAAAACAUACUAUUGUUUAAAAACGUGAUGAUUAUCAUGUAAAAAGGUGAUACUGGACUUUUUUUGUGGCAGCAAUACACUUCUGUACUUUUGUCUGCAAAACAUGUUGAAAUCCAAAGAAAACACACUUUAAAAUUUCCAAUUGUAAGCCACUUUGUCGCACAUCCCCCUCAUUUCAUUUGGGAACUACAUGUUCCUUUUUCAACAUUUAAAUAAUGUUUUAGGCUAGAUUUGUUGUUGGAACACCAAUCCUUUUUAAUUGCUCAAGCACAUUGGGACGCUUGAAUGUUUUUUUAUGUGUGUUUUUAUACUUCAUAUACUUCUGCUCUAAAUAAGAUUGGAAAACUUGCGAUGUCAUUCGCGAUAUAAUCUCGUGACCGUCGGUUUUACACAUUUCCUGCGACCUCAGGAGUACUUAUGUGCACUUGUCAUGCUUAGCAGCUAACGUUGCCCCCCCCCCCCCCUUUCUUCUUGCACUAAAUAGAAACAUAAAAAUGAUAAUGGCCUGCCUUUUAAGUAUUACUUCUUGGUAAAGUUAUUAAGAGAUGAUUAUUUAUUCAGAUAAAAACUACUAUUGAAUGUCACCAACCACAUUAACGUAGAAAUAUAUUUAAAAAAAAAAAAAAGAAAAGAAAACAAG